CUGUCCCUCUCCCUACGAUGUCAGCGGCGGCCGGCGGUUCUAAAGCCGCCGCCGCCGCCGCCGCCGCCGCUGACCCAUCCCUCUUGGCUCGCCCGAUUCAGCUGUUUUUUUGCCACUGGCGAUCCCUUGUGUCUGCUUCUUGCUGCUGCCGGUGCUGCUGAUCCGGCUGAUCGUGGAAUUCGAUCUCCGGACUGCGGACUAAACCCAGUCUCAGAGUUUCACGAAUGGACAGCUCUUCUUCUCUGCUUGGGCUGCUUGUGCUUUGGCCAUGUGACUUCUAGUGAAGGCUGUGGUCAAGAUGAAAGAGACGCCCUAUUGAAGUUCAAGGCUGAUCUUGAAGACCCUUCAAGCUCUCUGUCAUCUUGGGUUGUCCAAAGGGAUUGUUGUUUGUGGUCUGGUGUUGUCUGUGAUAAUGUUACUGGCCAUGUCACUGAGCUCCAUCUCGGAUGGGAGUCUUCCUGGGACGGUUCUGUGUUUAGUGGUAAGCUAAAUUCUCAAUUGCUUCAGUUGAAGUAUCUCAGUUAUUUGGACCUGUCAAACAAUCAUUUUCAAGGGAUUCCUAUUCCAAGUUUUCUUGGCUCUAUGAGUAGUUUAAACCAUCUUUACCUUGAUGGAGCUGGAUUUGGCGGAGUCAUUCCCCAUCAACUGGGAAACCUCACAAAUCUGCAACAACUUGGUCUGCAGGCUGCUAGAGGUUAUGUGCUAUAUGGUGAUAGUUUGAGGUGGCUUUCUGGUAUGUCUUCACUAAGAUACCUUGAUUUGAGUGAUGUCGAUCUUAGCAAUGCUUCUGACUGGUUGAACAUGAUAAACAAACUCCCAAGUCUUUCAGCAUUGUAUCUAUCAAGAUGUCGUAUCCGUCAUAUCCCGCCCCUCAAGAAUUUGAACAUGUCUUCGUUGUCUGUUCUUAGUUUGCAUUACAAUCAAUUUGCUCAAACUUCAGUUCCUAGUUGGGUUUUUCAUCUUCGGAGCCUUACUUACUUGAAUCUAGGAGUCAACGCUUUUGAUGGUCCAAUUCCUGACCAACUUCAAAACCUUACUUCACUGAGGACACUUUCCUUGCCCUCAAAUCGGUUCAGUCAUUCAAUACCAAACUGGUUAUAUAGAUUAAGUCAUCUUGAGACACUCAAUCUAUAUGGUAAUCAGUUGGAUGGUAAAGUCUCAACUGCUGGGAUUGGAAACUUGUCUUCUCUUGUUUACCUUGACCUGUCAAUCAAUCGUCGCCUUGAAUUUGAGAGGGGAAUUCCAGAGUCAUUCAAAAGCUUCUGCCAUUUGAGGUCACUUUCUCUGCAUAAUGUAAUACUGAAUCAAAAUGUAUCAGAGUUGCUUGAAAUCAUUGCAGAAUGUGCUUCUGAUACUUUACAGGUAUUGUUGUUGUCUAGUUGCCAACUGUCUGGUCAGUUGACUGAUCAGAUUGGGGUUUUCAAGAGUCUUAACCGUCUCAGCCUCGCAAAUAAUUCCAUUUCUGGUUCACUUCCAAUGUCAUUUGGAGAAAUGACAUCCUUAUACCAUGUAAACCUUGCAAGAAACAAGAUUAGUGGGACAAUUCCAACAAGUUUUGGCGCAUUGGCACAGCUGGAGUACCUGGAUAUCUCUCAGAACAAAUUGCAGGGCGUCAUUUACUCUGAAAUUCAUUUUGCCAAUCUCAGAAGGCUGGCUUGCUUUAUAGUUUCUGGAAAUAAGGUGGUGUUGAAAGCUAAACCAGAUUGGGUUCCUUCCAAGCUCCUCGAAAGAUUAGACCUAGAAUCCUGUUAUGUUGGACCUGGAUUCCCCCAUUGGUUGCAGAGUUUGCAGCAUCUCAAGUCUCUUGAUCUAUCUAACUCUGGAAUUUCAGAACCCAUCCCUGACUGGUUCUGGAGCAUGUCGUCUCAGUUCUACUAUAUGAAUUUGUCUCACAACCAAAUCCCAGGAAGGCUUCCACAUGUCAUCGCUGUUGUAAACAAUUUAUCAAUGUUUGAUUUCAGCUCCAAUUUCUUGGAAGGUCCACUGCCUACUAUUUCAUCCUACUUGACAUUUCUGGACCUUUCCAACAAUCUGCUUUCUGGGAACUUGUUCAAGUUCUUGUGUUUCAACCCCAGCGAGAAGAGGGCUACAGAAUUUCUGAGCCUGUACGGUAAUAGAUUGACUGGCGAAAUACCAGAUUGUUGGAAGACUUGGCAGAGCUUGUCGACUAUAAGGCUGGACAGAAACAAGCUCAGUGGCAAGAUCCCUAGGUCCCUCGGGUAUUUAAGUUCCCUCAAGUCCUUGCGCCUCCAGAACAAUAGGUUGUCUGGUGAAAUUCCACCAUCCGUCCAGAACUGCUCCAGGUUAGUCACAGUUGACUUGGGUUAUAAUGGAUUGGAAGGGAAGAUUCCAGAAUGGAUUGGACAAAGCUUUUCUAGAUUGUCCAUUCUUAAUUUGGGCAGGAAUAAGUUUCAUGGCAGCAUACCUAAGGAGAUUUGCAACCUACAAUCGUUACAGAUCUUAGAUCUUUCUCACAACUCUCUUUCUGGUACCUUGCCAAAAUGUAUUGCUAAUCUCAGUGCCAUGGCUACUCCUAACAAUGAUACUUCAGGUCUCAUUUCCCUCUUUGCUGGUGCGAGUAAAUUGUUUUCGGAUACUCAGAUUCUGACGAGGAAAGGCCAGUUGUUCAAUUACAGCACCAUACUGAACUAUGUCAGAAGUUUGGACCUUUCCUGGAAUAACUUGUCAGGACAGAUCCCCAACCAGAUCACAAGCCUGGCAGCCCUUCAAUAUCUCAACUUGUCACAUAAUGCCUUGUCUGGAGCAAUACCAGAGGAUCUAACCGCAAUGCUCUCUCUUGAAUCCUUGGAUCUCUCGAUGAACCAGCUGGCCGGAUCAAUUCCUUCAAGCCUGGGAAGCCUCACAUUCUUGAAUUUCUUGAACUUGUCGCACAACAACUUGGGUGGGAUAAUUCCUUCAAGCACUCAACUGCAGAGCUUUGAUUCAUGGAGCUUCAUCGGCAAUCGAGAACUUUGUGGGCCUCCAUUGAAGGUGGACUGCAGCAGCAACAACAGAGUGCCUGGUUUAAUGGGUGAAGAAGAAAAUGAUGAAGAGUAUGCAUUGCAUUGGUUCUCUGGCAGCGUUGUUCUGGGUUUCGUGGGCGGUUUCUGGGGUGUGGUUGCGUGGUUUGUAUUGCUCCAACGGUUGUCAAACCCAGGCUCUGGGUUGGAAGAUCACAUUGGUCAAAACCUGUUGAUCUUGUUAAUGAGAUUGCUGAAGUAG